AUGUCUCCGGAAAGGUUACAUUUUCAAUAUGAGACUCGCAAUGGAAGAGGCCUGAAAUUCGUAAAGGAAGGGUUGGCGUCGACCAAAAGAGUAAACUCCCAUGGGUUCCGAAUCUCGACUCCAUCACGAAUAUUGAUCGACGUCAUCGAUCAACUGGUCGAAGAGUAA